GAGACCUUCAUGGAGCUUUAACAGAAUUUACCAAGAUGACUAAUGUUAUAGAGCAGCAUGGGGGUCAACCCUUGACUGGUGCAUACAAAGAUAUCCUUGCAAGGUGUGAAAUCUCCCUGCUGUUGAUUCUCCUAACUCUUCAGCCUUUACCACAACACACCAAGCCCCCUCAUGCUCAGUUGCUUGAAAAAUACUCAUGGACUAUGCCAGAUACACAACAGACUGAUGUUUGGCAUGAUGAUGCAGAGUUGAUUGUAUUGCUCCAGUCAUUGGUGUUAGCCUGUCAGGGUCGCGAUACCCGUGCUCUUACUACAUUGAGCCAACACCUUACACCACUUUUAAGUGCAGAACAUCUUCAUUUAUUGCAUAUCCUUGUUACUGAGAUGAACAGGACCUAGAUAGACUUGAUUAUGAAAUAAUAGAAUUUCAGAAAGGUUAGUAAUAAUAGUAAGAUUUAGUAUUCAAAGACUUUUGAUAUACUGAAGAACACUCAUUUACACACACAUCCACAUCCACAUGCAUAUUGUUACUUCAAGAAGAGUUUGUUUAGUGUCCAAAUAGAAAUAAAAAAUAUUAUUUGUAGAGUUUGAAGUAAUUGAAUUAUUUAAGUCCUAUUUCCUUCACCAUAUUGGAUUCUUAUAUUUAUUGUGGCUGAUACACAUACAUUGCACAUUCCUUCUUUAUAUAAAAUUAAUUAUUGAUGAUGCUAGUUGUUGAGUAAUUGUGAUAUAUUUAUUUCAACAUAUUUUUAUCAGAAAAUUUAUGUCUAUGAUAUUAUGAAAAGAACAAAUAAAUCCUAUCCAUAGA